GGUCCUUUCAAUAUUGUUCCUGCUUACUGGAGCAGAACAUAGGAACUGCUCAACGGUGGAGGAUUGUGGCGGAUACGAAGGAGCGGCUUGUACUGAAGGCCUGUGUCAGUGUGAUGAACAAUUCUUUGAGUUCAUGGCAAAUAAUUGUUCUUUAGUACCGACGGUUACAGUACCAGAAGACACUGCCGUUAUCUAUGGAUACACAGCCAAACUGAAUGCCACAGUUGUUUCACUACUACCGAUUACUUCCUUUAAAUGGCAAAAAAUAAACAGUGGUAUCCCAACAAAUAUAUCGUUCGACGACGACAAAUACGCACAGGACCUCACAAUCAAUAAUGAAAGUUAUGUUCUCUUCCUUCUUAUAAACAAUACAGAAUUUCCUGAUGAGGGCCAAUAUCGGGUUGUGCUGGAAUUACCAGGAAUUCUUCUGAAAAGCAAAAUAAUUUUUCUCAAGGUUACAGGAGAACGACCAGCGGUUGCCCUAUCAGAACCUCUUGAAUCUUCGUCCACUAUAACAAUUCCAUGUCUGGUCACAAUCUCAUCAGAUUCCCCUCCGCUAUUAGGAAUUACCUGGUUAAAAAACGGAAGGUCUAUAAAUAUCACGGGGAAUUUUCGGAAAUACAAUGGAGGAUCCUUGUCGAAUCCCAACAUCACAAUACAUAACGUGGAUUCCAAAGAUCAGGGAAAUUAUUAUUGCGAAGCAUGGAAUGCCAUAGGAAAGUCAUCGAGUGAUGUCAUUACGUUACGACCACCAAUCAUUUUCAUUCACGGAAAUAGUUCAGCUCCUCUAGGUGGAAAAGCAAUGAUUCUAGGAAACAUGUCCUCUGUUUUAUCUCUAACUGAUAUUAAAUGGCAAUCACAAAUCGAGAGUAAGGGCAUCCUGACCAUCGACGUAUUAUCUGCUAAAUACAAUGGAAGUUCUACAUCAUUGGAAGCACCAAUCCUUAUUAUCAACAAUAUAGAUAUGAAUGACAACGCUACGUAUGUUUUGAUAGCAUCUAAUAAACUCGGAACUACAGUUAGCAAUUCCAUGCAUCUGCAGAUCAUAAUGGUGCCGGUGGUCAGUUUAAAUGGACCGUCACACGUGUUGGAGGGUUCAUCCGCCGUGUUAAGAGGGACCAUAAAAUCAACAGAAACAACUACCGACACGUGGUUAAAGCAAUAUAACGGGAUGUCCUCCAUCAUUUUCAUAGAUAAUUACAAAUAUGUCAGACGAUUUGUUAUAACGGGUGAUAAUGAGAAGGAAAAUAUACUAGAAAUUAGAAAUGUUGGAUUUCAAGAUAUGGUGUUUUAUCAACUACGUGUAUCUAAUUCUGCUGGAGAAAGUUUCAGCAACAGAAUACACUUAGAUCCCAUAAGAGCCCCACCAUUGUUGGCUGACUCUGCCCUUGUGAUGAAUAAUAUUGUCAUGGAAACAACUAUAAAAAUAACUUUAAAUGCAACAUUUUUCACGAAUGACAUGAAUGGUCAUAUCGUUUAUUUUGGAGUAGCAGUCUGUUCAGAUUGUACUGAUCUAAAUAAACAACCUCGUACUCUGAGUUAUAUGUGGGAAACUCUUCAAGACUGGUAUGAGGCAAGAAUGAAUCAAUUUACUCUGUAUCGGACGACGGAUGAUAAUUUUAUGACAGCAAUAAAACUUCAUGUUCAAGAACUUGGUGUAUCAAGAGCAUUUUUGUUUACUAUUGGUGAGGAUAACAGCUGUCACUCACGUGGGCCUCGGAGUUACUGUAAUGGACCUCUACGUCCAGGGCUUACCUAUAGGUUGAUAUUAUUUGCUUGCACUUUGGCGGGAUGCAGUCAAUCUGGGUCAAUAGGACCAUUUCAGACGACUAUAGCUCAAUCAUCAAAGGCAGGCAGCACAGUUCCUGUUGUUGUAGGAUCGACUUUAGGGGUCAUUGUAAUCGUGAUACUGGCAGUUGUUGUUAUUGUCUUAGUACACAGAAAGUACAGAGAUAAACGGAAAAAAUACACCGACCUUUCCAUGUCAAGGAUAGGAGAAGGCAAAAGUGGAUAUACACAAUUAAGGAGAGAUUAUAAUAUUAAACCUAUCCGGGUCGACUCUUUAUUAAAUCAUGUGUAUGAAUUAACCAAAGAGAACGGUGCAAGACUAAGCAACGAAUUUUCAGAAUUGACUUCACUCGUCUCAACAAGUUCUGCAAUUGUUGGAAAACUGAUGCAAAACUUCGAGAAAAAUAGAUCUUCAACAAUCCCUUAUGAUUUCAAUAGAGUCAAGCUGCAUCAUCCCUUGGAGUUACCAGAGAUGAACUAUAUCAAUGCUAGUCAUGUCUUUAAUAAUGAGUACAUUAUAACCCAGUAUCCACAACGAAGAACCAUGAUUGACUUUUGGGACAUGAUUUGGGAGCAGAAUGUAUCUGCAAUUGUAAUGCUGGCUCCGUUAAACGAAAUGGAAAAGUGCUUCCGUUACUACAGACGAAAACAAGGCGCAUCAUGCACAUAUGGUGAUGUGGUUAUAAAACUCAUGGCUACAUUUAUGUAUGGCAAGAACUUGAAAGGCAGAAAAUUAAAUGUUUACAAGAAGAAGAACAAGAGAGUAAAAAGAAUUAUCACCCACUUUCAUGUUUAUGCUUUGGAUGAAAGCACAGUAGCCAAAGACAUUGUUGAUUGUAUCAAAAUUAUUCGUUCGAAUAUUCAAGCUGGGGUAAAGCCCCUUGUUGUACACAGUGGAUCUGGUCCGGAAUGGAGCGGUGUUUUCGUCCUGAUGGAUUAUAUUAUUCAAAAGAUCAGAAAAGGAUCUGAAACAAUCGAUAUAUCCUCAGCAACUCUUCAACUUCUUGAUGAAAGAAUGGCGGUGCUUUCAAAGAAUCAAUAUGCCUUACUGUAUUUCUGCCUAGAAAAUUAUCUUAAACAGAGUACUAUAAAGCACGUUUCAAGCUCACCAGACGGAGAAGAAAGUGCAAGUUCAUAUGAAACUCUUCCAUAGAGAAAAGAAAUAUAAUGUGUUUCAAGUUUAUCUUAAAACGAAAUGUUUAAUUUCAAAUAUUUACAUUUGCUAAUGUUUUUCUUUAUAUAACGCUGCUUAUAAAAUUGAAAUUCAAAUUUC